AUGGAAACCAAAGAUCUUAUCGGAUUGUUUGGAGCGUCAGUGAUACAAAAUGUUGGGUUCAUGCUCGUUGUACCAUUCUUGCCUCUUGAACUGGAUGGGUAUGGAGUGCGGGAUACCACUCUUGGAUUUAUAUUCUCGAUCUACUCAGUGGCUUCAAUGCUUGGAUCUCUGAUUAUUGGUAGAGUAAUGAUAUUGUUUGGAAGAAAGACAAUAUUAUUAGUUGGUGUCACUACUACAGGGCUGGCAAUGGUAAUGUUUGGAGCUAUCAAAUGGUUUGAAGAUCCAAGCUUAGUGGUGGCAAUUUGAUUAAUGUCUAGAGCUAUACAAGGAAUAGGGUCGAGUAUGACACUUACUACAUCCUUUGCUAUUAUAUCAAUUUCUUAUGGGGAGAAGAAGCAGAAAUACUUAGGAUAUUUAGAAGCUGCACAAGGAUUUGGAUGCAUUUUGGGACCAUCAGUUGGAGGCGUUAUGUAUUCAUUUCUGGGAUUUAGCAAGAUUUUUAACUUGAUCGGAGGUUCCUUAAUCUUAUUGGUACCCAUUUUAUAUCUCCAGAUCCCAAAGUCAAUCGAUGGAAAUGCACAACUCCAGAAACAACAUCAUGACAAGAGCCAAUGCCAAGAGUCAUUGGUAGAAAUUCAGUCCAGAGAAGAAGAAAUUUCAGAAAUUAUUAAUAAUAAACCCACUUAUCUUAAGCUACUCAGAAUGAAAAAGUUCAUAUUUGUCACAUGUUGAGGAUUCCUUUACUCCUUUGGAUUUUCUUACUAUUACCCGGUUCUGCCUAUUAGGCUGAAAGAUUUUAACUUAGCACCAACAACGAUAUCAUUCUUCUUCACUGUUGCAGCUUCUGCUUAUCUAUUCUCUAGUACAAUUUUGAUGUCAGUUAUUAUUGCUGCAGGAAUCGAUGACAAGAAAAUUAUGGUUGGAUCUCUGCUUCUAUAUGGGCUGAGUGAAUUUAUGAUGGGUCCUAGUUACUUUCUUCCAGAUUCAGAGUUCAUAAUUAUAUUGGGUCUACUGUUAGGAGGUUUAAACACGAUAUUUGUUAUGGUUAGCACUUUGACAAGCAUGGUACACGAAGCAGAAAUUGCAUUCCCAACCCAAAAAGACUACGUCAACGACCUCUGCUCCGGCAUCUUCAACUUCACCAUAAACCUCGGCCUGACCCUCGGCCCUCUCUACGGUACCACCUUCACAUCCCUCAUCACCUACCAAUCCACCUGCACCUCAACCGGCAUCCUGCUUAUCUCCUACUGCCUCCUAUACUACCUCUUCUUCACUCCCUCCUCCAAGCCCAUCUUGACUCAAGAACUCCAGCUCAAAGAAGCCCCUUGCCCUCGCUCAUUUGCUUCAGAUCCGUAAUCAAUGUCAAUCUGUGUGAACUCCUCAG